AUGUCUACACCGAUAGCACGGAAUCUUUGGCGUGUUGCGCGGCCCGCCGUUAAGACGGCCGGGUGCCUUCGCUCAGUAACAGCACCAUCACCAUCACCCAGACCAUGCGCCGCCGCCGCCGCCUUCUCAACAACGCCAAAUCGCAAGAUCAUGGAGACAACCGGCUUCACCGAGAACCAGCUCACAGUCCGCGAGGCCGUCAGCCAGGUCUGCUCCGAGUUCCCCAACACCUACUGGCAAGAGCGCGAUCAGACCGAGCAGGACCCGAAGGAGUUCCACGCGGCGCUGGCGAAGGACGGAUGGCUCGGCAUCGCCCUCCCGGAGUCCCUCGGCGGCUCCGGCCUGGGCAUCUCCGAGGCCACCAUGAUGAUGCAGACCAUCAGCGAGUCCGGCGCCGGCAUGGCGGGCGCCCAGUCCAUCCACGCCAACGUCUACGCCACGCAGCCGCUCGCCAGGUUCGGCACGCCGGAGCAGCUCGAGGGCACGAUCCCCAAGAUCAUCUCGGGCGAGUGGCGGACGUGCUUCGGCGUCACCGAGCCCAACUCGGGCCUCGACACGCUGCGCCUCGCGACGACGGCCAGGAAGCAGACCGACGGGUCCUACCUCGUCACGGGGCAGAAGAUCUGGAUCACCUGCGCCCAGGUCGCGUCCAAGAUGAUCCUCCUCGCCCGCACCAGGGCCUACGAGGACUGCGCCAGGCCGAGCGAGGGCCUGUCGCUCUUCUGCAUCGACCUCGACCGCUCGCAGCCGGGGCUCGACAUGCGCAAGAUCAAGAAGAUGGGCGGCCGCGCCGUCGACGCCAACGAGGUCUUCUUCGACAACUACCGCAUCCCCGCCGGCUCCCUCGUCGGCCGCGAGGGCCAGGGCUUCAAGAUCAUCCUCCACGGCAUGAACGCCGAGCGGUGCCUGCUCGCCGGCGAGGCGCUGGGCCUGGGCUAUGCCGCCGUCGCCAAGGCCUCGGCGUACGCGCGCGACCGCGUCGUCUUCAACCGGCCCAUCGGCCAGAACCAGUCCAUCGCGCACCCGCUGGCCGACGCGUACAUGAAGCUGGAGGCCGCCAAGCUGGCCACCUACCACGCGGCGCGGCUGUACGACGCCAGCAGGGAUGACCCGUCCAUCCGCCAGGACCAGGUCGGCGUCGCGGCCAACAGCGCAAAGUACAUGGCGGCCGAAGCCGCCUUCACGGCCUGCGAGCGCGCCGUGCUGACACACGGCGGGAUGGGAUACGCCGCCGAGUACGACGUCGAGAGGUACCUGCGCGAGAUCUUUGUGCCCAGGAUCGCCCCCGUGUCUCGCGAGAUGAUCUUGUCUUAUAUCAGCGAGAAGGUUCUCAACUUGCCGCGGAGUUAUUGA